AUGCUUUGUACACCUUUCAGUCGCUUUGUCAGUCAAACUAAUUCGUUUUUAUGUUCCGCUAACAAAGAAGUUGUUUUUUUGAAGUUAUUGCCCUUUCAAGUGUUUCGUUUUAGCAAAUUAAACUGUUUUUUACCACCACCAUCAAAUAAACGCCAGAAAGCUCAAAAAAAAACAACUGCUAGCGCUGAUUGGAUUUCCAGUGUCAACAGUAUCUACUUGUCUAUUACAAAAAACAUUAAAAGGCGGGCCAUUUUACAUGUUUAUAUGUAUACUUCGCUAGCCAAUCAAAAUAGUAGACUGGGAUGGCAAAUGCUGAUUGGUUUAUUGCACAAAAAGCGAAUCCAAUCGUUGUUUUUUACUUAUUUAAUGUGUGCUGUGGAUAUGACAAUAAUAUUUCUUUUCUUCCAUUGGUAUACCUUAAAAGUAGUACCUAUUUCAAGGUUUCAAAUAAUAUUACAAUGUGUGAAAACUGAUGAUUUAUUAAGUCACUUUUUAGGUGCCGCUUUUUAUACGAUUCAUUCUGCAUAA